AUGGCGCAACAAGGCAUUUUGUUUGCCAUAUUGGAUGAAUUAGACGUUUCUGACCUUUUGGAUUACGAAGAUGACGUUUUUAUCCUAUCCGUGGCCUCAACGAAUAUGAGACGAAGUCUAAACCGUAUAGAAGGCUACUUUGAAGUCACAGUUCCGUCCUAUUUUGGAGAUGAGUUUAAAAACCACUUUCGUUUAACUCGUAACAGUUGUGAGUUACUCACGCGAGAAAUUUUAGCGUCCGGUGUCAUUAAUGCAGGAAACCCAUUUGGCAGGGCCCCUAUCCCGACAGAAAAACAACUUUUAGUUUAUUUGUGGAUGAUGGCAAACGGCAGUGAAACAACGCGACAAGUGGCAGAUCGAUUCAACAUCACGAUGAGCAGUUGCGGCAGAGUCCUGCAAAGAGUUAACUCUGCUGUUUUGUCGAUGCGCCAGCGCUACAUAAAAUGGCCAAAUGUGAAUGAAAUGCGAGAGAUUGCCCAAAAUUUUGAGGAUGCAGGGAUGCCAGGAACAAUAGGUGCAGUGGAUGGAACAUUCAUAAAGAUCAAGGCACCUACUGUGGAUCGAGAAUCUUUCAACUGUAGAAAGAAGUUUUACGCUCUGCAGUUGCAGAUUGUGUGCGACAACAACAUGGUGCCUAACAGAUGUCUUGGCAGGCUGGCCUGGCUCGGUACAUGA